AUGAAAUAAUAGAAAGUAGAAUUUUAGAAUAAUUUUAUGGACUUUAUUCAACAUGCCCAACAAUUACACUGUAGCUAAAAUCAUAGCAUGAGUUUAGCAAUAUAAAUAAUUUUAAAAUCUAAUUUAGGUAGCCUAAAAGCAUUACUAAAGUAGUGUGGUGAGAAAUAGAAAAUAUUUCAUCAACUUCAGUCACAUAGUUAGUACAAAAAAUUGUACAUUAUACUAAUUAUUUAAGAAUACUUACUAAAUUAUCUAUUGUACUCUCAAAACCUUAAUUAAAAAAUACCAAACAUGAUAAAUUAAGUAAUACUAAUCCUAUGUAGUUUAUAGCUAGAUUAAUCUUAUCUUAACUUUAAUACUAUAAAAAAGUAAUAAAGGUCACCAGAUUAGAACCUAUGCUUAUAAACAAUUCCAUCCUACUAAUUUCCUUAGCUUCAUUUACGUUAGACCAUAGAAAUAAAGCAAAAAAUAUACUUGCAAAAAAAUUAAUGUGUAUCAAAGCUAAGACGUAACCUUAUAUUUAAGAAGAAUCCAAAAAUUCAGAAAUAUAAAAAAAGUAAAACUAUACUAUCCCUAAUAUUGCGUGAGUAAAAACUUUGCUAAUAACUACUUCAAAAUAAGAGAACGGGAAGAAUUAAGAAGAAAAGAUUUAUCUUACAAACCCGAUUUGAAGUACAUCAAAAAUCCAAUCUAAAAUAUCAGAUUUGA